AUGGCCCUUUCGACGCCGCGGCACCGUGAUGCGGAAGUAUCUUCAUCACACCGCCUUCACGCUCUCGACGAGGCCGUAGAGACACACAUUGGCGAAAUCAGUUGGAAGCAAGUCUUCCAAUUGGCCUUAAUUUCUUUGACGUGCAACAAAACUUUAUCACCAUCUUCAAUGACGCCACCCAAGAUGGAGUUGCAACUCUCAAUCCCCCGCUGCGUGCGCCGACAUGUGUUGGAUGUCGGAGGGCUCGUGGUCUUGGGAUUCCCAUGUGCACUCGUCCACGGGGUCCCAAUAGGCCCUCCAGUGCGCGAGAUCGAUUGUUCGUGGCCUGCCCGCCUCGUCCUUCUUCCUUGGCUGCCUGAUCGGCGGUCAGCCCUCUUCAUGCUGACCGACUCCAGCCUUAGUUGGACAAACAUGCUGACUCUAUCGUACCUUAUCGUGUCGGUUUUUCGGUGCCUAACCGUGUUUUUCGAGAACGUGUGGAUGUACGUCGGGCUCCGAUUCGUGAACAGCCUCGGCAAGCUGUGA